CCUGCUUAACUAACAACUUCCGGUUCUGACCACGGAAGUAGCUUCUGCGCAUGUGUGAGUCCAUUCCAGAGACUUCGCAGCAGGGUCCAAAACACCUGAGAAAUAUCCUGGGUACAGCGGCAAUACGUGACAACAGUGGUGUUUUGUGAUCUAAAGAGAUUCAUCAUUUUCGGCGGCCUCUCUGAGCCACAGUCAUGGUGUGCAUUCCCUGUAUUGUGAUUCCUGUCCUGUUGUGGGUCUACAAGAGGUUCCUGGAGCCAUUCCUCUAUCCUUUCAUUUCACCAAUUAUCAACACAUUCUGGACCAAAAAAGCGGUCCAGGAGACUGGCACUACUGACCAAAAAGUUAGUGAAAAGAGUAAUGGGACUUCAAAGCCUGAAAUGAAUGGUGAGGCUACUGCCAACGGAUCCGCUUUGGCAGCAGAUAAGAAGACAGAUUGACAGCUCCGAAUGUUUAUGAUGCAUCUUACACAGUGUAAAUAUUUAAUUAAUAUAAUAUAGAGAAACUAUGAAAUAACUUAUGUCUUCUUUGAAUAGAGUGGUUUUUAUGACCUUCCAGCUUGUGUGUAACUUGUUUUAAAUCUUCUCAGUUAUAUUUAAGUAACUGGUUAUUGUUGAUAAAUUUUCCUUGUUAAUCACAAAUUCAUACAUGCAUUUUCUGUAUUAAAUAUUCAGUCUCAAUGAAAUAGUUUUAUAAGUCAAACUCGCAGUUUAAUGAAUGAAUAAAAGAAAACCUUCAAAUAAAAAAAGAUGCCCAUUAAUUGCUCUCAUGCUUCCACUUCAGCUAGUUUGCUCACUUCAUAUUAUGAAGUCAUUAAGGGUUCAAUUUAAGUUGUUAUAUAAUACUAGUUGGUCUAUAAAGCACUGAAUAGUUCUGCUCCAACUCUCAGUCCUUUCAAAUCAAGGUGUAAAACUUGCAAUUUGCGUUUUAUUAAAUUAAAUACCAGACUUUUCAUUCCUAA